AUGUAUUCUUCGUUGAGCGAGCUUGUCUCAGAACGGGCUCGGCACGAAAGCACUGGACCUAGCUCUGCUGUGGACAGCAGGCCAGGGCGCCUGGGACCAGCAACGGUUGAAGUUGAUUAUAUUGUGGGUCAGCUGGAGACCAGCUCAAGUGGCAUGCUUAUAUCCACAGCAACCUUCUCUUCUUGCCGAGCAAAUGCGUGCGUCUUCUCGGGGAAAUGGCAGUAUGAGACAACCAUAUGCUCAGCCGGAAUUAUGCAAAUAGGCUGGGCGACACUUCAAUGUCCAUUCACAUCGGAAGAGGGCGUCGGCGACGCACCCGACUCUUAUGCCUUUGACGGUAAACGCGUCCGGAAAUGGCACGUCAGUUGCACCCAGUACGGCGAGGCCUGGGCCGCUGGCGAUGUGAUUGGCUGCUGUCUGGAUCUGGACCGUGGCGAGGCCACCUUUUACCGCAACGGCCGCAGCCUUGGUGUAGCCUUCACUGGAAUCCGCACCAUGCAGCCCAACCUGGCAUACUUUCCCGCCGUCAGCCUUUCCUACGCCGAGCGCUGCGAGCUCAACUUUGGCGCGCAGCCGCUGCAGUACCCAGCUCCGGGCUAUCAGCCCAUGCAAGCACCGCCAAAUGCCGGCGUCUUGGCAUCCACGUCGUACCUG